UUUCGUCUAAUCAUUCUGAUCAGUCUGACGUUUUAAUGGUGGAUGUGGCAACGAGUUUGCCUGUUUUUUCCGACGAGGUGCUGAGUUCAGAGGUUUCUGAAGACAUGCUGGUGACCGCUUCUGUUACACAUACUGGAGAGGGGGUAGCAGUGCAGUUGGCAAGCCACUCCUCUGUCCCUGUAGCUUUGGGGUUUAAAUCUGCAGACCAUCAGGCUGAACCAGCAAUGGCUCCCUCAGUCCCCUUGCAGGAUGAACAAGACCUUCCUGCCUUUGAUCAAGCUCCUCGGGGGUCCUGGCAGGCUGGCACUGGGGGGAAGGCCAUCCCUCAUAUCUCAUCUAUCUUUAACGACAAGCCUGUGAUUGAAGCAGUUACUCACAUGGAGCAAACAUCAGAACAAGUAGUUAUUGCUUUUUCCGAUCACAUUACUAGCGUUAAAGAGAUUGAGCAGUCACCAACAGAUAGUGCCAUUCUUGUACACAAGAAAGUCUCGGUCGGGUCUGAAACAGCUGAAGUUACUCAGGUGGAGCAAACAUCAGAAGAAGUAGUUACCGCUUUUUCCGAUCACAUUACUAGCGUUAAAGAGACUGAGCAGUCACCAACAGAUAGUGCCAUUCUUGUACACAAGAAAGUCUCGGUCGGGUCUGAAACAGCUGAAGUUACUCAGGUGGAGCAAACAUCAGAACAGGUAGUUACCGCUUUUUCCGAUCACAUUACUAGCGUUAAAGAGAUUGAGCAGUCACCAACAGAUAGUGCCAUUCUUGUACACAAGAAAGUCUCUGUUGGGUCUGAAACAGCUGAAGUUACUCAGGUGGAGCAAACAUCAGAAGAAGUAGUUACCGCUUUUUCCGAUCACAUUACUAGCGUUAAAGAGAUUGAGCAGUCACCAACAGAUAGUGCCGUUCUUGUACACAAGAGAGUCUCGGUCGGGUCUGAAACAGCUGAAGUUACUCAGGUGGAGCAAACAUCAGAAGAAGUAGUUACCGCUUUUUCCGAUCACAUUACUAGCGUUAAAGAGAUUGAGCAGUCACCAACAGAUAGUGCCGUUCUUGUACACAAGAGAGUCUCAGUCGGGUCUGAAACAGCUGAAGUUACUCAGGUGGAGCAAACAUCAGAAGAAGUAGUUACCGCUUUUUCUGAUCACAUUACUAGCGUUAAAGAGAUUGAGCAGUCACCAACAGAUAGUGCCAUUCUUGUACACAAGAAAGUCUCUGUUGGGUCUGAAACAGCUGAAGUUACUCAGGUGGAGCAAACAUCAGAAGAAGUAGUUACCGCUUUUUCCGAUCACAUUACUAGCGUUAAAGAGAUUGAGCAGUCACCAACAGAUAGUGCCGUUCUUGUACACAAGAGAGUCUCAGUCGGGUCUGAAACAGCUGAAGUUACUCAGGUGGAGCAAACAUCAGAAGAAGUAGUUACCGCUUUUUCCGAUCACAUUACUAGCGUUAAAGAGAUUGAGCAGUCACCAACAGAUAGUGCCAUUCUUGUACACAGGAGAGUCUCGGUCGGGUCUGAAACAGCUGAAGUUACUCAGGUGGAGCAAACAUCAGAAGAAGUAGUUACCGCUUUUUCCGAUCACAUUACUAGCGUUAAAGAGAUUGAGCAGUCACCAACAGAUAGUGCCGUUCUUGUACACAAGAGAGUCUCUGGCGGGUCUGAAACAGCUGCAGGUCCUGCAGAGCUUGCCCCCACCCCCGUGGAGGAAGCAAACUAUCCCUCAGUCCAGGUGGAGGAAGCAAACUAUCCCUCAGACCAGGAGGAGGAAGCAAACUAUCCCUCAUUCCUGGUGGAGGGAGCAGAGUAUCCCUCAGUCCAGGUGGAGGCAGAAGCAACCAUUCUGGUCUCCGAAACCACUCUGAAAAGCCUGCUUGCACAUUCCCGGAACUCAGAGGGCUCCACCACAGGCUCUGAGAGAUCUCUGCAUAUUGAAGUGGAGAUCAUUGGGAUAGAGCCCAGGCAGGAGGAGGACUCCGCCCCUCCUGAGGCAGAGGUUAGACUUGUGGGCUCUGGGGAAGCUGCCCGAGCCCUGCAGGAGGAAGACUCGGCCCCCCCUGAGGCAGAGGAGGCAGAGGUCAGACCUGUGGGCUCUGGGGAAGCUGCCGAAGCCGUGCUCUCAGGUGCCUCAGUAACGUCACCUGGUGGCACCCCCAGUCCUGCAACAGAGGGUCUCACGGGACCAAAGGCCGAACCCGAAGGGGAAGCAGCACCUGCACCAGGUUUGACGGAGCCAGCGAUAGCAACAAGCGAAGCAGGACAGCCACCACCAUAUUCUAACACGUGGACCCUUUACUGUCUGACCGAUAUGAAUCAGCCCAGCCGCCCGUCACCACCACCUGCGCCCGGGCCCUUCCCCCAGGCCACCCUGUAUUUGCCCAAUGCUAAGGAUCUGCAGAACCCACCGCAAGUCACUUCUCCAACGUAUGUGAUGAUGGACGACAGCAAGAAGGCCGGGGCCCCACCCUUUAUCCUAGUGGGCGCCAAUGUCCCGGAAGCGCAGGACUGGAAGCCGCUUCCCGGGCACACGGUCGUGUCCCAGUCAGAUACCCUGAAGAGAUACACGACCGUCCAAGUGCCCAUUGCCGUUCCUGCAGAUCAGAAAUUCCAGAAACUCCCCCGACAUGCCCAGAGUGCCAGUCCUCCUUCCAGUGGGCAAGAAGGGCCCCGGCCACAGAGCCCCGUUUUCCUUUCUCUCGCUAUCCCGGUAGAAGAUGUAGCCAAAAAGUGUUCAGGAUCUGGGGACAAGCGUACCCCCUUUGGAAGUUACGGUAUUGCUGGAGAGAUAACCCUGACUACUGCCAAUGUCCGCAGAGCAGAACCCUAAUGCCGCAGGUAAUCCCCACGGCGGGCGCCACACACUCAGUCUCAGCAUCUUCUGUGUCGACCUGGAGACUGAGAAGUCUUAAAAAAGGAAUUGAAUUGAGAUGUGCUGAGUGGUGGAGAUUGUCUGACUUGGUGAGAUUGUCUCCACUGAUGGGCACAACCGUGCACGGGGCUGGGCACGGCACUCUGAGUGCCUGUCAGUGUGUGUAGCUCCCGUGGAAGGCGCUCCAGGAGGGCAUGGGUGGCUUUUCAAAGGACACCCUUCACUGGGACUCUCUGAUGGGUGUGGUUCAGGGUGGGGACCAGCUCGGAACAGCUGGAGAGCCAGCAGGCUGGGAGGUGUGAGGGAGUGCCGCCGCCGGCCGGCCGGUGUGGUCAAGGUGGUUCCCUCGGAGAGGAAGUCACAGCAGAGGACCGGGGAGCUCUCCCCCCACGAGAGUAGUAAAGAGCAGCAUGACCGGGGAUCCGGUGCCCAGGCACCAUCCAGGCUCCCCGUCGGGCCUGAGGCUGAGGGAGCCAGCCUGCAGAGGCCGUGGCCGAGACUUCGCGCUGGAAAGCGACGGAGGAUCCGCCCUGCAAGGGCCCAGGAGAUGGCUGGUCACGGGAAAACAGGAGCUUCAAGGCACCACAGUUAGGGCCCCACACCCCGCAAGGAGGUCUGGAUGGAAGGAGGAGCCAGCAAUGAUAGGCCCGCUGGCUGCCGCGUGGGGAAGGGUGACCCCAGGAGGCGGCACAGACGCAGGGAGUGAGGGUGCCUGUUACAGGGUCACACCCGAACCCCACGAGCUCAGGGACAGCUUGCAGUGGUCUCAGGCUCAGCACCUGAUGGACUAAAGCUGGGUUCCCUCUGGUCCGGAGCUGCAGUUCCUGUGUGUAAGGAGAGAGUUACCGUUACUAAACAGCCUGAGGCGGUGUGCAUGGGAUUGUCCGAUUCUGCUAAAAGGCAGUGUUUUCACGUGGAAUGCGAGGCUAGUGAGUGCAGAUGCAGGGAAACGGGUUGGGUUAAGCGCUCAGUGAUGGGUGCACCUUGCAUUUCUGACCUCUCGUGUGAGAUGUUCAGGUUCCUGGUUGACCUUAAACAUUCACUCCUGACAUCAUUCCUCACAGAUGCUGAAAACCAGGCUGGCUGAGUCUACGUCCCAGGUGGAGUGUGCCACCACGUGUAAUGUAUCAAUAAACUUCAUGCAGCAUAA